CGGGCUACCUUCGGGUUCGUUCGUAACAGGAUAAACUGGCUCCCGUUACGGCAUCUUCCUGUGCCACUUUUAUUCGAUGGCGGAAAGUGAGCUGAAGCGUAUUUGCCUGCGACCCAGAACUUGGCCGGGCGGCAGACUCUUGUGCUCGUAACCCAUUUGAGCCGCCGCAUGGAAGUGACAGAUUGUGAGCGCUGGCUCGCUGCGCGAAACCGGUGAAACCAUGGAGGAUCAGGAUCUGGCGAUCUUGUGUUUCCAGCACUGCGAGAAGCGUGCCAACGUGUUGUGUCUGCGUUUGCCGAAGUGCUGCCCCAUCUGUGGCCUUGAGCUCGAAGACGCCGAACUUCGAGUACCUCCGUUCAGGAUACCGUAUCCUUUCCGAAACUCGCAGAAAUCCCCGUGCUGCGUCGUCAUCAAGCCGUCGAAAGGAGACUUUCUGCAUCUGUAUUCGAGCUCAUUGGACCUGCAUACCGGAGUGACGGAUUCUAAAGGUCAAGUUCACGAAUAUGACAAGGAAGGACUCAAAGUUGCCAAGCAGUCCGCCUGGCCGCAGUGUAUUGCCGUGCCUGUCAUCACGGACGAGGGAACAGCCUGGCAUGAAUUCUGGGAUUACACGUUGUCCGUCACUGAAAGUCAGGAUGCGUGGGACAGCAAGAGGUACGAUGAAAAGGAGCACAACUGUUACUCGUUUGUGAUAGCGUUCCUGCGAAACCUACAGAUACCACAGCUGCGACCGUCAUUGAAGGACAAGCUCACCUUUUCCUCAGAUUUCCUUGUCCCACAAACGAGGAAUGUUGCCCGGUACAUUGCACUUUACAGAAAGCUCAUGCAAGAUGGCACUUACGUCAAGCGGUGCGAGCCAUAUCGAACACAGACUUAGAAGUUCAGUAAAUAUAACGAGCACAGAGCGGAAUUGCGACGAAAAAAGGAGCCGGGACUUGUGUUGCUCGAUCCCUCCUCCUGUUGUUCCCGUAUUCCGAUUUAUGGUUAUUUAUCUUCGCUGAAUAUAUACGAGUGAGCCUAGCUACAGGUAGUGUCAACAAUUGGCUAGUGCCUUCUCUCAUUAGGUGGACCUAUAAGUGUUACUGAACAAAAACAACUGAAUUUCACGAGCAUGAAAAUUGAAAAUUUGUGACUAAUUAGCCAACCUAUAAGCUGAAUAUGGUUUAUAAGGUACACUCGGACCUCAUUA